CUUCACGACCCCGCUGUUCCGAAUCCGGACUGGCGUCAGUGCCCUUACCUGGCACUUGCACCUCCACUAUUCAGCUGACAGCUGCGCUGGGUUGGUCGCGUCGGUUGCUUGCCGCAAUCUUGAGCAAACGAAUGACUUCAUCCCCUUUGAAUUCUUCAACAUUGGCAAGCCAUUGACUGUGACCACGAUCUCCAACCGCCUCGGAGAGGAAGUCGCAUACAAGCUGGUCUCGCGAAGACGCAUCAACACCCACUAUGGCCGACGUCCGAUCACUCCUCCGUCAGCAGCGCGCUGCCAGACGAAUCGAGCACCCUCAUGCUGCCUACUCGGAUGCGGACAAGCUUCUCUGCACCCUCUGUCACGAGCCAAUCAAGUCCGAAUCACUUUGGGACGGCCAUGUCCGCGGUUCAGGACACGUGGCAAAAUUCAAAGCUGUACAGAAAGCAUUCACCGACACGAAUGGUUCGGCAGCCGCAGAUAAUGCGCCGUCGAACAAGCGGAAACAUGACUCGGACGAGGAUAUGGAAGACGAUGAUACGGCAGAUGCUGUACGGAAGAAGCGAAGCAAGACCAAUAUGAGCACGCCUGCACGAUUGUCCCUCGGCGAGUCGGAUCGAGACCCUAAAGAUGUGACCCUCACACCGCCGUCGCUGAAUCGUCAGACGUCGACAACACCUGUUCAAGGCGUCGAGAUACAGAUUCCCUCGCGGCCCCAUACCCCAGCGUACAAGGACGGAGCAUCUUCGAACUCAACACCCUUAGUGCAGCCAGUCGGCCCCUCGCCGCUGGUUCCGCAGGAGCCGACGUUGGGAAGCUCUGUUGCAGCAAUACCACCUGCACAUGAGAAUGGCGCAACGUCGAAAGCUGAAUCGAAUGGAGGUCAGGUGGAUGAAGACGAGUGGGCGGCCUUUGAAGCGGAUAUUGCAGCAGCCACAGCGCCCUAUUCGGAAGAUGCUGUGAUUGCUGCCCCGGCCAUGACGGCGGAGGAGACCGCGGUGGCGGCGAAGACCGAAGAAGAAGAACAAGACAAGAGGCGUCUUGCCGCCGAGAAGGACCUCAUGGAUGAGAAGGAGGAAGCUGCAAGAGCUUUAGAGACGGAGUUUGAGGACAUGGAGGAGCUCGAGGCCAGAGUUCGAAAGUUGAAGGAGAAACGUGAGGCAUUGAGGAGACAGAGCGAUGCGGGCUCCGCCGCGCCUGCUGAUAAACUCAUCAGCAAGGCUGCUGAAGCUGCUGGGAAGGAGAAUGUAGAAGCGGUCCGUGAGGAGGAUGAAGACGAGGAUGAGGACGAAGAUGAAGAUGACUUCAUGGGCUUCCGCUAUCGGUCAUGACGACGCGUCUCCCAUGCUGUCGUCCCUCUACUGAAGUAUGCAAACUGUUCAUCAGCGGCAAAUAGACGUCUUUGUGGUGUAUAACUAUUGUAACUUAAAACUUUCACUUCGGGUUCAUAAUACGACGUCCAAAGACGU